CAACAAUUUGUACAUCUCGAGUGCUCUCUUGUUGAGAAGUCUAAAAAAAAAGGAAGAUUCGGUAAGUUAUUUUGACACUAUAUGGAGCAAUUGACACGUUUUCAUCAAUUCGUACUAGUGUCAUUUAAACAAAGUCAGCUUGAGUUUUCAAACUUCGUUAUGUUUUCACUUCUUCAUUUGACAAAAUAAUCCUCAAACGCUCAUUGAAGCGUUUAUAAAUAAAAUAACAAUUAGAUAAUAACAAUAUUUACAGUCUUAAAUUUGUAAUGCUUUAAUGAAUACUAAUGUAGAACAUUUUAUUUUUUGAAAGAUAUAAUAUAUAUUAUUUAAAAAAAAAUUAAUAUUCGUUUAUGUAACUUUCACAGUCAAUAUAUAUAUACAUGCCAGUUUGGGAAAACGAAAAAUGAACAUAUUUUCAUUUUAAUUGACACACAAAAAGUAAAAUAAGAGGGUCCAUCGUGUAUAGUCAUAAGCUUUCAAUUCAAUUAGGGGGCGGGGAGGGAACCAACUAAAUUUGUAUUGGUAUUUAAAUUGAUUUUAUAAUCUGUAAUUUCAAAUCACCAAAAAAAACGGUAUAUCUAAGCUGAAAAGAAAAUCCCCCCCCCCCUUUUUUUUUAAUGUGCAGUUUUAUUUAAAUUGCCAUGUACCGUGGUGCCUCCAGAAAUAAACAAAAUAACAAGCCGACCUGGGCUGGGAGGGAACCAACUAAAAUUGUAUUUGUAAUUAAAUUGAUUUUAUAAUCUAUAAUUUCAAAUCACCAAAAAAAACGGUAUAUCUAAGCUGAAAAGAAAAUCCCCCCCCCCUUUUUUUUUAAUGUGCAGUUUUAUUUAAAUUGCCAUGUACCGUGGUGCCUCCAGAAAUAAACAAAAUAACAAGCCGACCAAUUUUUUUUUUGUCGUCUGCCCCCCCUCUACACCCCAAAAACUCCUGAAACGACACCCCCUGAGUGCAGAGAGUAACUGAGAUUAACCUAGUAAUCCUACUGCGUUAAACUUAUGUGGAUUUUUUAAAAAAAUAUUUUCACUGUAAACGUGGAACUGCUCAAUUUUAAUCCCGAAGACUUACGGGUACUUAGCCUUCCCAAUGAAUUUACUUGAUUUGAGCAACACCAUUUACAUACCUUUCCUUACAUCCUGUUUGCAGCUACAACAUGUUGUCCAAUGUGUUACUUAUGCUGACCAUAUGUGCCACAGGCUGCGCUGUCGUGCCAGAAGCACUGUCUGAAUCUGACAUAGCUGCUUUCCUUUCUAGCCAUAACCAGUUGCGGUCAUCGCUAAGCCUUCCGGACCUGGUUGGUUUAAAUUACUACAUUCGACAAUUUAAAACGUAUCUUGUCGUAACUAUCUUAGAGCAGUUGCAAUAGAUGUUUUCAAAAUCUUUAAGAUAGCAUGGCACUUUAUCAUAAACAUUGCCUUUAUAUGUGAAAUGGCAAUUGUAACAAGCUUAAUUUGAUCAGAACGCAAACAUUCAAUUAGUUUACCAUCGAUUUUUCGAAAUCAAAUAUAUUUAAUGUUCAAAUUAUUUAACCCGAAAAAUUAUGUUACUGUAGUUAUUCUUGGCUCAUCUUAUAUUUUGUGUUGUAAGGCGAUGUACAUUUCACUGUCUGCUCUUUAAAAAACAAAAAAAAAACAAAAAAAAAACGUGAAAUCGCUGCUCUAAAAUUUGCUCCAAUCUUUGCUUCAACAAUAAAAACCAUAAAACAUUGUUAAGCAAACAUCUAUUUUUUUUAGGUCUGGAAUUCCACGCUGGCUUCUGUUGCAGAAGAACAUGGCUCUAAAUGUCUCUGGAGACACAGUUUUAAUAGAUAUGGCGAAAACUUGUAUGCUGGUUCUCGUAUGUAUUUAAUAUUAUGUCGCAUACCGCACACAUUUAGUUGAUAAUGAAAAAAAAAUUAUGAUGGAAACUGGUGUCAUUCAAUCAUUCACAAUUCUAAUUUGAUUUUUAAAAAAAUAAAAUAUCUAUUUAUCCAUGCAAUAAAUAUUUGUCUUAGCGGUAACGAUCUGAUAUACGCUUAUCUACAGCUAAAACAACAGACAAUGCAGAAAUAGCUAACGCAGCGGUAGCGUUGUGGGCGACUGAGGUUAAGAAGGUGGAUCCUAAGUGGGCAUGCAUUUUUGUCAGCCAAGGAACAUGUGGACACUACUCACAAGUAAGUCCGGCACACUUACUAUAUAAAAAUCAACCAUUUAAUGAGCCAAAAUAAUUCAAGAUAGAUGUAAGACAGGGGUCGGGAACCUAUGGCUCGCGAGCCAGAUGUGGCUCUAUUUAUGGCUGUAUCUAACUCGCAUACAAAUGUUCCAUUAUUUAAAAAAAAAUGUUUUGGCUCUACGUAUGCAUGCGAGCAGUCUCUCUCACAUCUAAAGAACAUUAAGACCAACCUGCGAUCACGUUUAACGGAUGGAAAACUUAACUCACACAUGAACCUUAACCUCACCACGUAUCAACCAGACUACAAAGCCAUCAGCAAAGCCAUGCAGAACCAGAAGUCGCAUUAAUGUUAAAAAAUACUCAUUAUUGAUUAGCAACAGCAUAACAAUUUUAUUAAAAGAAUUCAGAGACAAUUUUUUGCGGUUUUAUUGUUGAAAUUACACAAAAUGCACACAUUUACUUGAAUUUUUAGUUUAAAACAUAAUGCAUGGCUCUCACAGAAUUACUUUUCAAAAUAUGUGGUGUCCAUGGCUCUCUCAGACAAAAAGGUUCCCGACCCCUGAUGUAAGAGAUCUAUGUGGGGAAGAUUUGUGCCAAACUUCCACUGUCUUCAUAUAUUUUAAGAAAAUUGGGUCAUGAAGAUAUUUUAAAAAAAAAAUGUUUUGUAUUUAAGCACGCUUGCGUAUUACUCCUAAGUUAUUACAUUAAAACAGAUUCCCUGGCACAAUCAAUAGUUUGAAAAGGAUCGAUUUUCACGGGUUUAUUGCUUUUUUUGUUAGGGACCGAUCCUAAGGCCGGUAACAUCAGCAAACUUGUUCAUGGCUCUCCUUGCAAAAUAGAUAUAUGGUACACCCUGAAUUCUCUCGCAAAUGCCAAUAAAGCACAUGUUUUUUUGUUUGUUUGAGACAACGGUGAUAACUAUACUGAUGUCUUCAUUCGUGCUAUCCCGCAUGGACUACUGCAAUGCUCUUAUUGUGGGUCUUCCAGGAACGCUCCUGGAUAAAAUUAAAAAAGCACAGAAUUAUGCGGCUCGCAUAGAGUACAACAUUGCAACUCUGUGCUACCACUGCUUGCAUGACCUGGCACCGUCCUAUCUCAUAGCGCUACUGACGCCUUAUGCACCCACUAGACAACUCUGCUCAUCUGAUAGUGGCAAACUCUCGAUACCAAGUGUUCGCCUUGAGACUUACGUGGGGCGAAAUGUCGCGUUUUCUGGCCCAACAAUUCGGAACAUCCUUCCUGUCGCUCUCAGACACAGCCAGAUACUGGAGUCUUUCAAAACUGAUUUGAAGACGUAUCUAUUUCGCAAACACCUGCUGGGGUGAUGUUGUCUAUCUAGCUAUUAUCUUUUAGAUGUGUAUGGCUUGUGCUAUUUAUGGUUGCAAUGUAUGGAAGACUUAGAAUAGGUAUUCUCUUAUGUAAUUUUUGUAAUGUUGCAUAUUUUACUUCAAUGUUGUAUGUACCGCUCUUCGAGGCUUUGGGGAUGAAGCGUGCUUUUCAAAUAAUCUUUAUUAUUAUGACUAUUAUAUGUAUAUAUGUAUAUAUAUAUAUAUAUAUAUAUAUAUAUAUAUAUAUAUAUUAAAAUUUAUCUACUUUUUUCCUUUUCUUUUCUUUGUAUAUAUAUAUAUAUAUAUAUAUAUAUAUAUAUAUAUAUAUAUAUAUAUAUAUAUAUAUAUUAAAAUUUACCUACUUUUUUCCUUUUCUUUUCUUUGUAUAACCUUGAAAAAAAAUGUACCUAAGAUACGUGAUUCACUGGCAGAUUGCUCCUUUUGUUUAUACAAUACUUAAGCGAACCUCAUUUAUUAAUUAACACCUCAUUAACACAAAGUUUUACGCAUACAUUCUUAUCUACCUAUAUAUAAAAAUGAAUGUUUGUAUGUCUGUAUGUCUGUAUGUCUCGUAUGCGCUCCUAUACCAUUCAUGCGAUUGCAACAAACCUUUGGUCAGUUGUUGUCCCAAUAAAUAGCCAUUUAAUUAAAUCAUUAAAAAGCUUAUAAAAUGUUCCGUUCCUAGCCGUUGGCCCUUAUUUCGUUUUUUUUUUCUUCUGUGAGCUUUGUAAAAAAAUAUUUUCCACAUGUGCUCCUACGCCAUUUAUCCGAUUCCGACAAAACUUUGGAGAGAUGUUUUGAGCAUGUCCAUAAAGGUUUCUAAAUUAUUACAACCGUUUUAAAGUAUUCAUUUUUGAGCCAGGGGCCUCAUAUUCGUUUUUCCUAAUAUGAGCUAUAUAAAUAUAUUUUCAAACCAUAUGCACUCCUACACCAAUCAUGCGAUUGCCACAAAACUUAGUGAGUUGUUGUCCAUGCGCCAGUGCAUUUUACUGUGUUAUUCAAACACUUUUAAAAAUAUUCCGUUUUCGGCCGUUAGCCCUUAAUUCGUAUUUUUUCUUAAAUGAGCUUUGUACAAAAUAAUUUCCAUAUGGUCUCCUACGCCAUUUAUCCGAUUGCAAUAAAACUUUGGUGAGACUUUGGAAGCACGGCCGCAAAGGUUUUAAAUUUAUUAUAAACUUUUCAAAUUAUUCCAAUUUUAGCCAGCGGCUCUAUUUACGUUUUUUUUCUUAUACGAGCUAUAUAAACAUAAUUUCAAACCGUAUGCGCUCCUGCACCAUUCAUGCGAUUGCGACAAAACUUUGACGAGUUGUUAUCUAUAAACAUACCCAUUUUACUCAUUCAUUACAACACUUUUAAAAUAUUCCAUUUUCGGCCGUUGAACCAAAUUCAUAUUUUUUCUUAUAUGAGCUUUGUAAAAAAUAAUUUUCUAUGCGCUCCUAUACCAUUUUUCAGAAUGUGAUACAAAUUUAGUGAGAUGUUGUUCUAUCGCCCACAAAGGUUCUUAAAUUAUACAACCAUUUUAAAAUAUUCAGUGUUGAGCCAGGGGCCCUAUGUUUGUUUCUUAAAAAAUGAGCUAUAUAAAUAAAAUUUCAAAUCGUAUGCGCUCCUACAUCAUUCAAGCGCUUGCGAUAAAACUGAGGUGAGUUGUUGUCCAUAAGCCAGAGCAUUUUUCUGAGACAUUAUAACCCUUCUAAAAUAUUCCGGGUUUUUUUUGGCAAUUGGCCCCAAAUUCGUGUUUUUUUCCCUUACAUUAGGAGCUUUAUAAAAAAUAUUUUCCGUAUGCGCUCAUCUACAUUAUUAGAAUGCGAUAAAAUUUUAGAGAGAUGUUGUGCGCAAGCCCGCAAAGGUUUCUUAAAUGAUUACAACCAUUUUAAAAUACUCCGUUUUUAGCCAGGGGUCCUAUGUUCGUUUUUUCUUUAUAAGCUAAACAACUAUAAUUUCAAACAGAGCUAAUGCAUGGAUGGAUAGCUUUUUAAUCAAAUACUAAUAGUGAUAUUAAUUUGAGUGUGUGACAUAUUAUGUAGGUUUUUGAAAUAAUACAACAAUUCUACAAUAUUCCAUUUGUGGCGGGGGGCCCUAAAUUCGUUUUCCACACUUCUAUUAUCUAUAUAAUUAGCGUAUGCAUUUCUAUACCAUUCAUUCGAUUGUGAUAAAAAUGGGUCAAGUGAAAUGCGCACUACCGAAAAUGUUUCUAAAUUAGAAAAAACAUUUUACAAUAUUCCGUUUGGGCCAGUGACACUAAUUUCAUAUUUUCUUCUAAGAGCUUUGUAACUAUAAUUUCAAACAGAGCUAUUGCAUGUGUGGAAGUAGCUGAAUGCGCCGGCAAAUUUUUCAAAUUUAGUACAUCCAUUGUACAAUAUUCCAAUUAGGGCUCGGGACCCUAAAUUCAAUUUAUUUUCUAAAAUGAGCUUCAUCAAUAUAAUUUAUAACGGAGAUAUCAACACUACCGACAUUGAACAAAUUACACAUUUGAAGUAAAGCAGAGAAAACACGUUUUUAAAUUUUUAGUGAAGAGAGUAUUUUUGUUAUGUGUAUAAAUAAGCUUGAAUUUUUCGACGCAUGUUAGAAUCGGAAAUAAGAGUAUUUCUUGAAUAGAGUCUUAUAAUUUCGGAGUUGUUUUGUGUUAUGUAAAUAUAUUUUACAUGAAUCGAUGGUUUCUCAAGUAAUUAAAUAACACACUUGACAACGUAGGUAUUGAACUAUGGUCAUUUUUUACCACUGGAAUUUACGAUUUAUAAAUUAAUGAGAAACUAUACAACUGGAAAUCUAGUGCAAACAAUGAACGUAUAUUGUGCGAGGUUUUCAUGUAAAAAGAUGGGAGAUCCUAACGUGUGAAAAUUAUGAACGUUAGGAAUAUUGUAAAUUAAUUGAAUCAAAUACAAACAGCGAUAUUUCAUUUUGUUUGUGACCUAAAAAAGUUUUGUUAAUUGUGAAAUACCAUUGCUAAUAACAGAUUCGCAAAGCAAUAAUUUCGCUGUCAAAUCAAUUAUGCCACCCACAUAAAAAGUUUUGCGUCAAUCUAAACCUCAAGCACGAAAGGAAAAGUGGUCCCGAUCUUUCGAAACAGCUGAGCAACGGAAAGCAAGACUAGAAUCCACUCGAGUACGCAAUGCUCAAUACCGCUCACCUGAAACAGUCGAGCAACAGAAACCAAGAAUCAAAACAGGCCGAGUAAGCAAUGCUGAAACCCGUUUGUCUGAAUCAUUCGAUCAGCGAGAAACAAGCCUGGAUUCCGAUAGAGUACGCACUGCUCGAUCCAGACGAACACUGCACGCUGAAUUAAAUCUUAGUACAUUCAAUUACGAUGCUAAUUAUGAUUACAGUCUUAAUCCAAGUGUGGUUAUUGGAAAAAUAGAUUAAUUAUGCGUGCAUUGCAGGGGCCUCAAAUUUAAAAACGAAACACCGGAAAUUUGCUGCGCGGAUGGGAAAACGAAAUUGCCAGAAUUACAUUCACUAUCGGAACCAUAAUCAACGUUGGAAUAAGGUGAAACAAGCCAAUCGAAACAUUUCUUGGCAAACAUACGCAAGUGCAAUUCAUGUUUCCAAAUGACAUCGUUGGGUGCAACAAAUAUUGUGCUCGAGAAUUACAUGCCAACAUUUUAAGUAAAGUGCAAGGCCAAAUUUACCAUCGUGUUGGAUCUUUGAUGCCAAUGCCAAACACAGAUCACAAAUUUCUUCAAAUGAUUUUGUGGGGAAUACUGAUGAAUAAAUCGAUCAACGUUGUCAUAUCAAUACGGGCACUAAACGAGAAAUCGUCGCUGCAAUGCAAACGUUAUUUUUGCAACACAACGAAUUAAUUUAAAUGUAUAGAAUUGCACUUGAAAAGAUGCGACUGAUGAAUAUAAAGUCAUACCGGUAGUUAGAGAAAACUAAACAACUGUCGGCCAACAUGAAAGACAAUACAAUGCAGCAACAAUUGAUGAAGUGGCAAUCAUUAUAGUUGGCAAAUAAUUUAACUCACGUGAUAUAAUUCUUCAUCGCAGAAGUGGGGAUGUUUAGCGAGUCUCAGAAACUCAUGGCUCAUACGUUUGAUUGCAAUAUCCUAUUUUAUUUUGGCAAGGAGAAGAUGGAUAUCAUUUUGACAUCAAAUUUAGAAAUUCGAAUAAGAAAGUCAGUGCCAUGAAAUACUAUUCAUAUCGAUUGAUGAUUCAUGAGUUGGGAAUGACCUCUCGGAAUCGAUCUGCAAACAAAAUUUUCGCUCUUGAUUUGCAACAAGACACGCACUUUGAUAUUUUGAUAUUGAAGCAUUAGGUACGGUACAUUUGCUCAAUAAAUGAAUCUUCCGAAAUUGGUUCCAUUGAAGUUACUAUUUUAAAUGGAAAAUUUAAACUAGGUGAUGUACUUUUGCCAUUCACCCCAAUGAUUCCAACAGAUAUGCCAUUUGAAUUCAAACGCCUACAGUUUCCGAUGCGACACGCGUCUACAAUGACUAUCUACAAAGCACAGGGACAAUCGCUACAAGUUUGCAGACUAAAUUUGGAAAACCCAUGAUUCGGCCAUGGAGAGAUGUAUUUGGCCUGCUCUCGCGUCGGAAAAUCAUCUGAUUUAUUCGUGUAUAUACCAGAUGGAAAAACAAGAAAAACUUUGAGUAUUUAAAAGCUCUUGAAGAAACAUAAUUAACAUAUAAACACUUUCUUUCUUUGAGUGGCAUUGCAACGCAUGCCGGGUACUCGCUAGUUCUUAAUAAAAAAUAAUAACUACUAAUUGUUGGUGACAAAACCUGCAUACAAGUAACGCUGUGGUUUUCUCUAUUUUAUUCAACUUGAAUUCUUUUUACAGUACCUUGACUUUGAAGCGCUCUCCGUCUCUCCAUCCCAUCUCUGGCAAGGCGAUGCUUUACUGCUGCCUGAUUUUUGUUUUCAUUUUCAUAUUUUGCAAUAUAAAUUUUAGCUUUAAGCUAAGAUGUGUAUUUUUUUUCGAUGUCACUUAAUGAAAUAAUGUUUUUUUUUUCUUUGCUUGAAGUUAAAAUCUAAUCGAAAUAAUUUCAACUUGUAUUUUGCAAUUCAAAGGACUUAUAUACACACACAAAUUAGACAUGAAAAUAAAUAAUAGAAAUGUCUGGUGCUCAAUUGAACAUUUAAUUUUCAUUAAAUCAUUAUUUAUUACUCUCAUGAUGUUUGUAUUCAUCUUCAGCUCGUAUGGAAAAACACGAAGCAAGUUGGGUGUAGCGUCAUUCACUGCACCCGUUCUCUUGAAAACUUAGUAGUCUGUGAAUACGAUCCACCGUGAGUCAUUCAGUUUACUCUUUUGUUGCUACACGGCAGUCUAAACAGCUAAUUGAAUCAAAAUGUCUACACUUCAAAACUGUAUGUGUGUGAUUGUUAAUGAAAAUGUUAUUAUUUCAGAGGCAACUACAUGGGACAGACUCCAUAUUAGAAGGAACGCACCUUCUGUUCAAGUUUGUUCUCUUACGCAGGCGUCCUGCCGACAAGUUUGAUGUUUUGUGUUAAUAUUUGUGUAAAAAAAGUGUCCCCCCCUACCUUCUUCUCAAUAUCUCCUAUCAAGAUGAAAACUAUUUUAAGACAUUUACAUCUUUGUAUCUACAUUAUUUUAAUUGGAUAAUGCUAAUAUAUUUUAACUUGUACGAAAUUGUUAACUGUUUUUUUUAUUAAUCUUUAAAAUUUGAAGUUACAGUUACUGCAUUCAUUUUAAAUUACUUAACUAUAUACUAUUUUAUAAACAUUUUGGAACACAUCUAAGACAUUAAAGAAAUAGAAAGAAAUCCCAAAAUCUUAAAAAUGAUUUUGUGUACUUUGUGCAUUUCUAGAAAGAAAUAUUUGUUUGUGUAAACCAAUCGUGGGUGGGCAUUCUGUGCGGAU